AUGCCGUUCACUGCCGACACAUUUAAACCUCCGCUGCAUGACCAAAUUGCGGAGAUGCAGCGUAAAAUUCAACUUUUGGAGGGCGACAGAGCUGCAUACUAUGAGAGCUCUCAGUCCACCAUCAAGAAGAACAGAGAGUCCAUCCGUCAGCUGAGGCAUGAGAACAAGAGGCUGUAUAGAAAGGUGGCAGACGGUGAUGAACACAUUAUCAAAGUGGCCUUUCACAACAGAGGCUUGGAGAAAGAUGCUUACCGCAACAUGUCAGGGAAGGCGGCCAUUUCAACACUGGACCAGAGGGUGCUCUCUAAGAUGAAGCGUCUCAAUGUCCUAAAACACACUACCCAGACCUACCAACGCCACCUGGAGGAGAUGAAGAUGGAGUACCAGAGAAUGAAACCAGAAGGCAGCAGCGGAGCACAGUCUGCUGACGUCCGGGCUCGGAAAAGAGAGGAAGAUGCCAUGAAAUUGCGGGCACUGGAGAACAACUUGGAGAAAACCCAUUUUAAAUGCGAAGAAGCUGAGACCAUCAUGACAAACUAUCUGAAACUCAAAAGUCACAUGCAGGAGGAGAGUCUGACUUUCCAGGGCCAACUGGAUAGUCUUGAAGCAGAAAUCUUGAAGAACAGAGAAGAACUUCACAGCCUGCAGGUCAUGAACAGCGAAGCCCAGCUCUCUAAAGAAAGUGCUAAGGCCGAGUUACAGCAGCAGGAGGAACUGCUCUACAAGGAGCGCAAAGACAGAGAGCGUAUUAUAGCAAGCUACAGGAAAAAGGUUGAGGAGCGUAAGGCCCAGGCUGAGAAAGUCGACAGAAGGGCUCAGAGAGCUGCCAUGCAGCCAGAUGAGCUGAGCAGUGAGGCCCAGCGCAGCACCACCAGGAUGGCAGGUGAAGAGGAGAAAACCAUCUCUACUUUUGAGGAGGCCUUCCAACGGAUCAAGGAGGCCACGGGAGUCACAAAUAUACAGGAGAUAGUGGAGCGUUUUAUCUCACAGAAGGAGACACACCAACAUCUGGAGAAGCUGAAAGAAGAGAAUGAGAAGGUGUUGCUGCAGUUAAAGGAGCAGAAGGAGCUCUUAUACCAACAGUUCCAGGAGAUGAGAUACUCUGGGGAGGCUAAACUCUCCAGUGACCAGCAGAUGUUGGAGGAGUGUGAGCAACAACUGGAGGCUGAACAGCAGAGGUGUGAUUCCGCUAAAGAGAACCUGGAUUGGCUUGUUAAAACCCUCAAUACCGUCCGAGCCGGAGGGGAGCACCUUGCAGACAAACUUCAGCACAUCACGCUGGUAAAAACUAGUGAGGACAUUGUGGCUGAGGUGUCUCCAGACUCCGAUGAGUUUGUGGUGGAGCUGAUCAACCAGUGUGAGAAGAAGCUGCAGAUACUCCAAGAGGAGCUUCAAGGAAAGGAUCAGGGAGCGAUUAUGAAGGAGAUGGAGGAAGAGGAGUUCUUCGUCCGGAUUGAAGGGAAACUGCCAGCUUACAACACACGUGUCAAGCUGCCCGAGAACCAAAAACUGGACCUCUUUGACAACGAGGACGAGAGUGAAGAGGAUGAGGUUGACAUCAUCUCGCGCGAGGCACUGAAGCGCCAGUCUCAGCUGAUCAUUGACUCCAAGUCCAAGAAAAAGCCCUGGAAGAAGAAGGGCAAGUUCUGAUCCAACCCUACAGUCUGUGA